CAAACACAACCACCCCCAACUGGUUCAGUAUUUCGGAAAUCCUCCUUCUGGCUCUACUUGACAUCUACACGUGAGAGAACAUUGAAGACAUUCCAUGGCCGCCAUUUCCGGUUCCAAGGGCAGGGCGAGGCGAUUGGUAAUCUUGUAUUGCUCCGGGUGCCUUCCUGCUCUCAGGUGCUAUUCUUCUCGAUUGACCAAGACCGAAUCCAAAUCAUCGACUAAAACCAAAAAGGCCAGAGUCAUGGCACGGAUGAUCAACUCUAAACCUUGGUCGAAUGACCUUGAAUCUUCUCUGGCUUCACUCUCACCUUCUCUUUCUAAAACCACCGUUCUUCAAACUCUGGGUUUCCUUAGAGACACUUCCAAAGCCCUUCAAUUCUUCAACUGGGCACAGGAAACGGGUUACACCCACACCGAACAAUCAUACUUCUCGAUGCUAGAGAUUUUGGGUCGGAACCGACAUCUUAAUACGGCUAGGAAUUUUCUGUUUUCGAUCGAAAAACGGUCUCGUGGGGUAGUCAAACUCGAAGCCCGCUUCUUCAAUAGCUUAAUGAGGAACUUUAGUCGAGCGGGACUCUUUCAAGAGUCUAUAAAGCUUUUCACGACGAUGAAGUCACAUGGGGUUUCCCCCUCGGUUGUUACAUUCAAUAGUCUUUUGACCAUUUUGCUUAAAAGGGGUAGGACCAAUAUGGCGAAGAAUGUGUAUGAUGAAAUGCUCGGUACUUAUGGAGUGACUCCGGAUACAUACACAUUCAAUAUUUUGAUUCGGGGCUUUUGUAUGAAUGGCAUGGUUGAAGAGGGUUUUACGAUUUUCAAGGAUAUGUCUCGCUUUGGAUGUGAACCGGAUGUAAUCACAUAUAAUACACUUGUUGAUGGGUUGUGCCGGGCAGGUAAAGUUACUAUCGCAUAUAAUGUGGUAAGGGGAAUGGGAAAGAAAAGUGUGGAUCUAAAUCCCAAUGUUGUUACAUACACAACUUUGAUUAGAGGUUACUGUGCAAAGCGAGAGAUUGAUAAAGCGUUGGAUGUUUUUGAAGAAAUGAUUGAUCUAGGCUUGAAAGCAAACAAUAUAACGUACAAUACUCUAAUUAAGGGGCUCUCUGAAGUCCAGAAAUUUGAGAAAAUAAAGGAGAUAUUGGAGGUAACUGCAGCAGACGGGAAAUUUUCUCCUGACACAUGCACAUUCAACACUUUGAUACACUGCCACUGCGAUGCUGGAAACUUGGAUGAAGCUCAGAGAGUGUUUGAGAAGAUGACRGAAUUAAAGGUCCAACCAGAUUCAGCUACAUACAGUGUAUUGGUUAGAAGUUUGUGUCAAGGAGGGCAUUAUGAGAAAGCAGAGGUCUUGUUAGAUAAAUUAUUAGAAAAAGAAAUCUUGUUAAGUGGCGAUGGGUGUAAGCCUCUUGUUGCUGCAUAUAACCCUAUUUUUAAGUAUUUAAGUGAGAAUGGAAAGACCACGAAAGCUGAAAGAGUCUUUAGACAGCUAAUGAAAAGAGGAACACAAGACCCUCCAUCUUUCAAGACUAUGAUCAUGGGGCAUUGUAAGGAAGGUACAUUUGAAUCUGGGUAUGAGCUACUAGUCUUGAUGCUGAGGAGAGAUUUUUUACCAGAUUUUGAGAUAUAUGAAUCCUUAAUUGAUGGCCUUUUGUACAAGGAUAAGUCACUUCUUGCCCUUCACACACUGGAAAAGAUGCUGAGGAGUUCCCACCUUCCUAAAUCAUCUACUUUUCAUUCUAUACUUGCUAAACUUUUGGAACAAGGAAGUGCUUCUGAAUCUGCCAAUCUCAUACAGAUAAUGUUAGACAAGAAUAUUAGACAAAAUCUCAAUUUUUCAACUGGUUGUAUAAGACUACUUUUUGGAGCUGGAAUGAAUGAUAAAGCAUUCCGAAUUGUUGGUCUGCUUUAUGAAAAUGGCUAUUCUGUUCAAAUGGAAGAACUAAUUCAUUAUCUAUGCCACUGUAAAAAGGUUAUAGAGGCAUCUAAAAUGCUGCUUUUUUGUUUGGAGAAUCACCAAUCAGUCAACAUGGAUGUCUAUAAUACUGUAAUUUGUCGCCUUUGUGAAAUUAAUAAGUUGUCUGAAGCAUUUAGUCUGUACUAUAAACUGGUGGAGAUAGGAGUCCAUCAACAGCUAAGCUGUCAAAGCCAAUUGAAARUUUCCCUUGAGGCUGGAGGGAAAUUGGAAGAGGCCGAGUUCUUAUCAAAAAGGAUGGAAACACAGCAGAAUUUAAAAAUUCCAUUCCACAAGUGCAGUAUUCUUCUGAGAAGCCAAGAGAGUGUCAGUGUGGGACGUGGACUUUUGCAAGAUUAUUUUAGGAGAGAGGAUGAAAUUUGGGAUCCUAUUCAAGUACAAAGCUUCAACCUGAGUUCUUUAUCCAGAUCUUUUUCUAACUACGCAUUUUUCCUGUUUGAGCUAAUUGGUGGAACUUUUUGCAAUACACUUCCGGGCUUUUCAUUCGGGUCUUUACAGACAAAUACUAAAUACAUCUUGAUUAAGCUCCCAAAAAUGUCUAAGAUGAGUUGUGAGGGCUCGGCCAAUCAUGCACAGGCAAGGCGUGUUCCAACACCUGGGAAGGCAACGAUUCUUGCAAUGGGCAAGGCAUUUCCUAGUCAACUCGUUCCUCAAGAAUGCUUGGUCGAGGGCUACAUUCGUGACACGAAAUGCGAGGAUGCAACUAUCAAGGAAAAAUUGGAGCGCUUAUGUAAAACAACUACUGUGAAGACUAGAUACACUGUCAUGUGUAAAGAGAUCUUGGAUAAGUAUCCUGAGCUCGUAACUGAGGGCUCACCCACCAUCAGGCAGAGGUUGGAAAUUGCUAACCCUGCAGUUGUUGAGAUGGCCACCGAAGCUAGCAAAGCCUGCAUUCAAGAAUGGGGGAGGUCUGUUGAAGAUAUCACCCACAUUGUCUAUGUUUCUUCUAGCGAAAUCCGCUUACCUGGUGGGGAUCUUUAUAUUGCUAGUCGGCUUGGUUUGAAGAACGAUGUUGGUCGGGUGAUGCUAUAUUUUCUAGGUUGUUAUGGUGGUGUCACUGGACUCAGGGUUGCCAAAGACAUAGCAGAAAACAAUCCAGGAAGCCGCAUUUUGUUAACUACUUCUGAAACUACAAUACUUGGAUUUCGUCCCCCGAACAAUGCACGCCCAUACGACCUUGUUGGGGCUGCACUCUUUGGUGAUGGAGCUGCAGCUGUGAUCAUUGGAGCGAACCCCGUACCAGGUCAAGAAUCUCCUUUCAUGGAGCUGAACUAUGCCAUCCAGCAAUUCUUGCCAGGCACCCACGAUGUAAUUGAUGGAAGGCUUUCUGAGGAGGGUAUAAAUUUCAAACUUGGUAGAGACCUUCCACGGAGAAUAGAUGACAACAUAGAAGAAUUCUGCAGAAAGCUGAUGAAAGAGGAAAAUCUGGUGGAUUUUAAUGACUUGUUUUGGGCAGUCCAUCCUGGUGGCCCAGCAAUUCUGAAUAAACUAGAGAGCACUCUCAAGCUGAAAAGUGGAAAACUUGAAUGCAGCAGAAAGGCAUUGAUGGACUAUGGAAAUGUUAGCAGCAACACCAUCUUCUAUGUAAUUGAGAAUAUGAGAGAGAAUCUGAAGAGAGAGGAUGGGGAAGAAUGGGGACUGGCUCUGGCAUUUGGACCAGGCAUUACUUUUGAAGGCAUUCUCAUUCGUAGCCUCUGAUCUCUUUGGGCCCCCGCCGUUUGGUUUAUGAUCUACAAACUUGCCAUAGAGAACAAUAUAUCUUCCUUAUUUCUGUUAUAUCUGGAACUGCCUUGAACUUUAGAUUCAAAAACUUCCGUUUUGAAUUUGAAAACUAUGUCGGAUUGUGAAUGAAGAUAAGUGCAACGUUAUUUGUAACUGUAAUGGAUGGUUAUUGUUAACCAUUAAACAUUCUAUCCGCA